UGAUUUGCCCUCCCGGAAGUGUUUGUGUUCGCCGCGAAAUGUUAAACCUGUGCUCCCGCACCAAACGUCUUUGUGAGUGUUUGGGUUUAUUUUCCCCCAGUCACGUGUUAGAGGACAGUGUGUGUGAGUAAUGCAGCGUGGGGAAGCGGCCGUCCGUGUAGGAGUGAAGCAGGCGGUCGGAGCUCUCUGCAGGCUGCUAGCAGCCGCUGGUCUGGAUUCCGUCCCCAACCCAGAGUCCUUCAGACGGGCUAAAGUCAGCGGAGGAGCCGAGCUGGAGGGCCAGUUGUGGCAGCUGCUGAGCAACAUCCUUCAGAUGACUGGCGUCAUUCUGUGUGAAUCUGGCUCACAGCUAAAAGGAAUCUCGGAGCGCAGGAAGCUGGUGGUUGCAGGCCUCUGGCAGACUGGAUACUACGCUGACUGGAUUUGUGGGAGGGAGGGGGGCGAAGGAGGUGAGACGGGGACGGUCUCCAGCAGAGAUCUCCUCUUAGCGUUGGGCUGGCUGCUCGCUGCAGGAACACUGGAGAAGAUGGUCACUCUGCGGGCAAAACACCUGGACAGAAUGUUACUCACAUCCACACCGGUGGUGGACCCUGAGAUUUCUGCAGAUGUCCAGUUCCAGUUAGAUUCCACCUCCCUUAGGAAACAUCAGUGGCUUGUUGGCUGUGUUCGAUUCCACGGGCGCACCCUGUUGUCCAUGCAGGCAGAGCGCGCCUGCUUGCUUCAUGCACUUGUUUCUUUCAGUCUUCCCUCUUCUGUGUCCUCUGGUCCCUGUAAUCAAAGCUCCACUGUGCUGCAGCAGGAUUGUGUUCAAAUCCGGGAGCUUUGUGUCCUGCUGGAAGCGUAUCUGAACUGGAAGCAGGUGGAACAAGACUUCUGGUUGUGGAUGGACAGUGUGGUGACCUGCCAUCUGACAGAAGCCCCCAUUCAGAAUCCUACAAAUGCAUGCAGCAGGACCACACGUUGUCACCAUGGAAACCAAGGGUUAGAGAAAUUGGAGGACAUGUUGUCAAGACUUCCCACAGGUGCAGGUGAGUGCAACAGAAACAUUUUCCAUUCCCUCCCAGGAUUUACAGAUUUUUUGGGGAAAACGGAUCAGUUCUUAUUCCAGAGAAAGUGUCCAGAUAAGGGAGGACGAGGGGCCAGUGGAGGUGCUGCUGAGGAGAGAAGAGAAAGAGGAGGAGGAGUGAGGUUAGAGGGUGAAUUGGACACGUCCUCGUUGUCCAUGCGUCUCCUCUCCCAGUCGUACCGCGUCAGGCUGCAGGCUGAGGGGCGGGUCACACACAGCAGACACACGGCAGAGCCCGAGCUCCAGGAGGAGCUGCCGGCGUCUCGCGCCAUACCGGAGCUGGCUCAGACUGAGGCGUGGCUGCUGGAGAGGAGGAACAGGAAGAGGCUGGCCAAUCGCAUCCAGCUGCAGGAGCUGAUUGGCAGGCUGGAUCAGCUGGUGCUCAUCCCGCCGUAGAACUGGAGCUGCACGAUGACAUCAAACUGAAGAUGUUGUGAUGUCAUCAGCCAGAUGAAACAUCAUCAGACGGUUGGUGAACGUCAGUCAACGCGUUGUG